AUCUGUGUGAAUCGGUGUCAAUGGCGCCUCAUGACAUACGCCGUCCGUUCAAACGUGCCGCCAUCUCCGAUCAACAAAAACGCCGUGAACUAUCUUUACAAAGGCAGGCUCAGAACCGGACUGAAGCUCAGCUGCAAGCCCGCCGUCUUGCUUCGUCCAUCCUCUCCCUCCCAAAUCAUAACUCUGAACCUCAACCUUUGGAAUCACUCGACCUUCUCCCCGAACCUAUAGUUGAAGAACCCGAAACUGAUGCCGAAGAUAUUAGCGACAUCGACAUCCGUCAAGCGGCUAAGCUUAAAGGGCCCGAAGCUCGUCGGUGGUUCGCCAGUCAGCUUAUGCUUCCGGAGUGGAUGAUUGAUGUCCCUGAUCGCCUCAAUUGCGACUGGUACGUAUUUGCAAGGCCUUCUGGAAAACGCUGCUUUGUUGUUUCAUCAAAUGGAGCAACUGUCAGCAGACUACGCAAUGGCUGCCUCUUGCACCGUUUUCCAUCUGCUUUACCUAAUGGUGCCAGGACCAAAGAAAGUUCUCGAUCUGCCCAGUCAUAUUGUAUACUUGAUUGCAUUUUUCACGAGUUGGACCAAACCUACUAUGUAAUAGACAUGGUAUGCUGGGCAGGAAUCUCGUUUUAUGAAUGCACUGCAGAGUUCAGAUUUUUCUGGAUGAACAGCAAGCUUGUUGAGUCAGGAGCUUGCGAGGCUCCCUCUGCUCACCAUAGAUAUAGAUUUAGCCUCAUUCCAGUUUAUAAUUGUGAUCAUGAGGGGCUCCAGACAGCUUAUACAGGAGCGGUACCUUAUGUGAAGGAUGGGCUACUGUUCUAUAACAAGCAUGCACAUUAUCAAACAGGAAAUACACCAUUGACACUUGUCUGGAAGGACGAGACAUGUAGUCAGUAUGUCAUUGAUACUGAUAACAAAGGACAGGUUCCAAACCAACAGCAGGUGGUUUUGGAGCUACAAGAUAAUGGGCAACUGGUUACAUCUGAUGAUCCUGCCGUCGUGCUUGGAUGCUUGAAUGCAGUUUUUAUACAAGAGACAGGACUGCAUCCAGGGAACCUUGUCCGCUUUGCUGUUAAUGAGGGUGGAUUAACAUUUGUGGAUGGGAAGCUGGAGAAGGCUGAUCUACAGUGUCUAGGAAAGGUACAUCGAGCUCGUGCUUUUGCUGAUAGUUACUCCAAGAUCGUAUUCCAAUAUAUGGUUCGACAUUCUCCUCUUCGGAUAGAGCAUCUGUUUGCAUCCAUGAGUAUGAUAACUGAAAAAGAGAACAAUACCAACGAGAUGGAAAUGGUUGGUUGAUCUGAUCCCGACAAUAUCUAAGAUAUUUCAAUGUUUAUUUAUACUUUGUUUUGCCAUCAAUCAUCUCAUAAUCAACUAGCUUCAAUCUUUCUCGUCCAUGGCUUGUUGACAAGUAUGUCCUUUCCGCAACUUUUGACCCCUGAUGAAGCGGUUUGAACAUUUGGUGGCUGCAUAUGGUUCAUGUUCACAAGAAUGUUGGGAUCCAGAUCCCAAUUUGGCUCGAUGUCUAACGGGUACUCCUCGCUCUAUUGUGGUUAUUUCGAUCUGAAAUCUAGUGUGUUAUCUUGUAAUACGUUGGAACAAAUGUGUAGAUGAAGCUAAACAAGGCCACUUGAUAAUUUUAUUAGUAAAAUCUUCAACUAUAGGCUUAUGUUUCGAGUAAAUGGAAUGUUUAUCCUGGUCCA